AUGACCGGCGAGAAGAAGAGCUCUGAUCUUUCUAGUAGACUCAGCGUCAAGCGUGGAGGAAAGUUGAUUUCGAAGACCUUAGGCAAGUCAUCAUCGCCGCCUUCGAUAAGUGCACCACCUAAGGCUGCUGUUGGCGCAUCAAAGGUGAAGAAAGAUGAAGUGCAACGGCAUAAGAACUCGUUCCAUGAUAUGCUGCGUGGAUCGCCGAAAGAAAAAGAUGGUGGACAUGCGUUGUUAAACGUUCCUGCAUCAGGUGCAACUCGAACACCUCAAAGUCAUGGUGCACGUGGCAAUAUCAGCUCUGUAGCUGCCAACAUAAUUGUUGCCGCGGACGGAAGUCGAUCAUUGAAACAUGAGAAUCCACCCGUUAUAGAAGACGACAGGCUCGCCGAGCUCGAAAAGGCGCUUGCGGCUGCUCAAGACGAAACAGCUGCUUUGAGACAUGAGCUGGAGAGAGUGAAGCAAGAUGCACAAGCUUCCGUCGAGGUCUCCAGAUAUCAGGCUGCCGAAGCACAUCGGCAAGCAACACCAAAGAGUGCCAUUGAUUCUCAUCAACACAAUCAUCCGGAUAGCGACGAUGAAAUAAACGACCGCGAAGAGGACCUCAUCAACCAAAACCACAACCUCCGCUACCGCCUCGCCUUGCUCCAAGACCAACUCAUCACACAAUCAUCAACACGCCCUUCAGAGCCUCUACACAGCGAAGCAGACUGGAACGCCCUAACUCUCCGUCUCCACGAGACCGAAAAAGAAUCCCAUGCGCGCCUCCAACAGCUCCUGUCGCUCAAAUCCAGCAUCUCAUCCCUCACGCGCACGGACUCGCAAGCCAGCGACAGCGAGCUUGCAGAGUCGUUCUCGCAGCUUGCAAACCGAGUGAGAGAAUUGGUUGUGUCAAAUUAUCGGCGUACGAAGAUGAGCUUUGAUAAUCUUCCUGAUGCGAGUGUGCGAAUUUUGCGAUCUAUCAAGGUUAAUUACAAGGAGAUUGAGGCAGCUGACAAACUGGCGCUAUACCAAGCCAUCGUAUCACGCAUACUCAUGAGAAUCUUCGAUAAUUCUUUGGUUGUCGGCAUGCCAGAUCAGGGUAUCUAUGCUGGGCUGAGAGUAUUCGCUGAAGGUUCGCAACAUACUGGCACCGAGUUCCGGGAGUGGAAGCGUGCGACACUUCGAAUGAUUGAGAAAGGUGCGCCGGCAGCGACAACUCUCGGUUGGAAGAAUCAAGAGCUGGAGCGAUUGGCUAGCGAAUUUGAGGCUAUCAUGUUGUCGAUAUCCUCUAUAGAGCUUACGUCGAGCGCUCGGUUGGCGUUGGUUGGGACUAUGAGCCUGGCUGCGGACCUGCAGUGUACUCUGUGUCUUCAGAAGGAAGAUUAUCGCGUCAUCUUCUUCGACACUCUUGAUGGAAAAUGCCACCAUUUCGACGAUCGCGCAAUGGAGCCUGUCAACGAUUUAGAGUCCGCCAUGGAUGAGAGCGGCGAGCCGUACGCACAACGCGAGUUCGCCUUCUGCGUCUUUCCGUGUUUAGAGAAGAUCGCCAGUGACACUGGCCAUGUCGUCUCCAAAGCGAGAGUUUGCUGUGGUGUCGGAUGA